AAAGAUGUCACAUGCAGUGUCUUGCCGAUCAUUUGCAGUAUCCCUUGCUUUGACAAAAUAAUGCAACAAUGCUGUUAAACCCCUGUGUCAUAGAACUAAGAGUUCCUAAUCUUUGGACUUUGUAUGAAGUUCAACUGGAGAGUUACUCCUGUUUGCCUUUUUUUCCUGAUAAUUAUGGUUCUUCCUUCACAAUUAUUGGUUUUUUAUUGCUUACUGGAGAAUGGAGAUGACCAUGUUCAUUGCUCUAAUUCAUGUCAGGCAACACUGCUCUCUGACAUCAAGCAUUUCCACCAGAACAAUCAGAAAAGAGACCAAAGCUUAUUAGGAUGGAGAACGUUAACAUCGAUGCAAAUGCUCCAACUUCUCAACAUGUAUUCAAAUAACUGAAGAGGAGCUUGUGGGGUUUGAGGAUGAUGCUGAGAAGCUAAUUCAUUUACUGACUAAAGAAACAGAGGAUCUGGAUAGUAUAUCUAUUGUUGGCAUGCCUUGUCUAGGGAAGGCAACUUUGGCCACAAAGACAUUCAAAGAUCCUUCUAUUGUUUUGUCGCUUUGACAUUCGAGCAUGGUGUGCUGUCUCACAAACAUAAAAUCCGAGAGAGCUAUUAAUUGACAUCGUUGGGCGAGUCACAGGCGUGCAUCACAGUGAUGGUAUAGCUGAUAUGUUGCUCACAUGUUUGAUUGGCAAAAGAUAUCUCAUUUGUUGGAUGAUAUAUGGGAAGUCGAGUCGUGGGGUUAGUUAAGAUUAUGUUUUCCAGUUGGUGGAAAUUGAAGCAGAAUUAUCGACUUAAACAAGUAGCAGAUGAACUGAUGCGACAUGAUGAUCCAUAAUGUCUUGGAUUCAUUUGAAAAUGUUGCUGAAGUAACUGAAAAGGAAGCUUUGCCCCCUGAACUUCGGGUGCUGGAAUACAAAUUCAUUUGAAGAUAUCGUGGCUAUGUCAAUGUAGUGCUGAAAAAUUUUCCCCAAGGAAAACAUGUAUUAAGCAGGAAUCUUUAUUUGCUCAGUGCUUCAGUGCCCACUUCUUUCACACUCACUCCAUCAAGAUUUGCCAUUGAUGGAUUUCAAGUUCCUCUCUUUUCUCAUCUUCCACUACUUCCUAAUCAAUUCAUCAACAAUCUAUGCAUCUCUUCCAUUCCCUAAUGACUCUCUCCCCACUAAGUCUGGCUACCUCAGGGUCAAUGACACAACCAGCUCCGCCAUUUUCUACACAUUCUACGAAGCUCAAAAUCUCACCACACCUCUUUCUCAAACCCCACUUCUCAUUUGGCUACAAGGCGGACCUGGAUGCUCCUCUAUGCUCGGAAACUUCUAUGAAUUAUGCCCUUGGCGAGUCUCUUCUUCUCACAGACAAAAAAUCGAACAUGUAGCGCACAAUCCUAAUAAUGGAUCUUGGAAUCGGAUUUUUGGGUUGCUUUUCCUUGAUAAUCCAAUUGGUGUUGGAUUUAGCAUUGCUGCAACACCUGAAGAAAUCCCGAGGAACCAAAAAGGAGUGGCAAAGCACUUAUAUAUCGCGAUAAAAAAGUUCAUCGAGCUGAAUGAAUCGUUCAAGGAUCGGCCUAUUUACAUCGCGGGUGAGAGUUAUGCUGGUAAAUAUGUGCCAGCAAUUGGAUAUCAAGUCUUGAAGAAAAAUGUCAUGUUGCCUGUUCGUAGUAGAGUGAAUUUGGCUGGAGUUGUCAUUGGUAACGGACUAACUGAUCCGAUUAGCCAAGUUGCUACUCAUGCUGCAAAUGCGUAUUACUUUGGAUUGAUAAAUGAAAAACAAAGGAAACAACUAGAGUUGCUUCAAGAGAAGGCGAUUUCGUUGGCAAAGAAUGGUAAUUGGAGUGAUGCAACGAAUGCUCGAAGUAAAGUCUUGAACACUUUACAAAACAUGACUGAAAUGCCAACUCUGUAUAACAUUAGAAGGCACAAGCCAUACCAAAACCAUCUGGUAGCUGAGUUUUUGAACAAUGUUGAGGUGAAAAAGGCAUUGGGAGUGAAUGAAACUAUUGUUUUCGAGGUGUGUAGUAAGGUGGUGAGGGAAGCAUUACACGAAGAUUUGAUGAAGAGUGUGAAGUAUAUGGUGUUGUUCCUUGUCAAGAAUACUAAAGUUUUGUUGUAUGAAGGUCAGCUAGAUUUGAGAGUUGGGUUAGUGUCAACCGAGGCGUGGGUGAAGAGAAUGAAGUGGGAAGAAAUCGACAAGUUCUUGGAAGCAGAUAGGAAAGUUUGGAGAGUCAACGACGAGCUAGCAGGGUAUGUGCAGAAAUGGAGGAACUUAAGCCAUGUUGUGGUGUUGGAUGCUGGACAUUUGGUUCCACAUGAUCAACCAUUGAAUUCUCAGGCCAUGAUUGAAGAUUGGGUACUUGAAAAGGGAGUUUUUGCUAAUGAUCAAAUUGAAAACUUGUCCACCAAUAUGUUUGAUGUACUUUAGGACUAUGUUGCUCAGUCUCUUCAAAAAUAUUAUCGGGUGUUAGUUUGAUCCACCAAAAAUAGUGUUUUUUUAGAGGAUCUGACACGGGUGCAAUUGUAUUUUUGGAAAGUCCGAGCAACGUAGCUUUAGGAUGAAGCUAAGUUUACUUGUUUUAACUUUGUAAGAGAUCAUAGUACAUGUUGCUAUGCUAUGUUCCUCCUUCAAUGAGUUGUUUAAAACUCCUUUUAAGUGUUUUUUUUUUGUUUAUUUAUGAUUUCAUUGAUCUCUUAUUAUAUUUUUUAUGAGAUUAUCGAAAACAAGCUUUUUAUCUCUUCGA